AUGUCCCACUGCUGGGAAAAGGCCAAAGGCCUCCUCUAUACACAGUGCCAACCGAUUCAAUUUAAUUACGCCGAAACGUUACAGGAAAAGAGAAACAGAAACGAAAACAUGCCGGAGGUGCAGAUUGAGGAGGUGCGCAGGUUUAUGGUGGAGAGCCUCGUGGUGGCUGGAGCCCCAGAAGUGGAGGCCGAGGCUCAAGCCGACCUACUCCUCUACGCAGAUACCGUGGGUCACUUCAGCCAUGGCCUUAACAGACUAGAGCUGUAUGUGAACGACAUGAGGGGAGGCGUGACGAAGCCGGACCUAAAACCGGUUGUCCUGAAGGAGACAGUUGCCACCGCCUGGGUCGACGGAAUGGACACGCUGGGCGCCACCGCCGGCAACUUCUGCAUGGACCUGGCGAUCAGAAAGGCCAAGGAGACCGGCAUUGGUUGGGUGUCAGCUAAACGAACAAAUCACUUCGGUAUGGCGGGAUAUUGGGCCAAGAAGGCGGAACGGGAGGGCAUGAUCGGUAUGGCAUUCACGAACUCUGCCCCCGUUAUGGCGCCAACGAGAUCGAAACAGAGCGCUUGUGGCACAAACCCAAUAUCGAUGGCGGCACCGGCAAUAGGUGGCGAUUCGAUGGUGGUCGAUAUGGCAACGACAACAGCUGCCAUGGGCAAGAUAGAGGUGCAGAUACACAAGAAAGCUCCAAUACCCGAGGGAUGGGCUCUAGGGCCCGAUGGUCGUACUACCACAGACUCUCAAUUGGCGUUUAACACUGCCAAGCUUCUUCCACUCGGUGGGUUUGAAAACACAAGUGGCUAUAAAGGUUACUGCCUCAGCGCUAUGGUCGAAAUAUUCUGCAGUGGACUUUCUGGUUCAAAUCCAGUCCACAAAGUGCCAGCCUGGACCUUUGACCAAGAAGUCCCGCCAAACUUAGGCCAGUGCUUCGUGGCCAUCGACCCCGAAUGCUUUGCCCCCGGCUUCGCUGAACGGGUCGCCGAUUGUCUUGCGCAUUGGAGGAACUUAGAACCCGUUGACCCCUCGAUGCCUGUUCUAGCGCCUGGCGACAAGGAGCGCGAUAACAGACGUGCGACAUUAGAAAAAGGAACCGUCACAUACCCCCAAGGGCAAAUAGACUCGUAUGGUCAAAUGGCAAAGAAGAUCGGCAUCAAGCCGUUAGUUGUUGUU